AUGCAGAUCUUCGUGAAGACCCUCACGGGCAAGACUAUCACCCUUGAGGUGGAGUCGAGCGACACAAUCGACAAUGUCAAGUCCAAGAUCCAGGACAAGGAGGGCAUCCCCCCCGACCAGCAGCGCCUGAUCUUUGCGGGCAAGCAGCUCGAGGAUGGCCGCACCCUCUCUGACUACAACAUCCAGAAGGAGAGCACCCUCCACCUUGUGCUCCGCCUGCGUGGUGCGAUGGCAAGAUUGAGCGUCUUCGCCGCGAGUGCCCCAACGAGAGCGUGA